AUGGAUGAAAAGAGUUACUUAAAAGAAAUCUCCGGUAAGUUGACCGAGAUGAACAAAAACAUUAAGCAACUACUGGAAAUCUUUGCUAUUCCUGUCAUCGAAAAAUCAACAACAUGUUUGCAACAACUUACUACCGAUACACCGGAUUACCAUUUUACGCCAGACAACAAUUCAAACAAGAAAGAAGCUGCGAAGUUACGGAAAUCCAUUUUGCAUAAUUGGAAACGUAUCCUUAAUGAACGGAAGCAGGCUUAUUGGAACACUUUGAAAUUAACAAAGACCGGGGAAGUAUACCAAGAUUGGAUGGAACGGGACGUUGUCAUCAUACCGCGAAAAUUUAGACCAAAAUUGAUUCCGGGGGAGAAUGAAGAUGACAAAGAAAUCCGGGCUGAAACAGCUAUAUAUAAUUUCCAAUCUGAAAUGAAGAUAAUGUUGAACAAAAUGAAUCGCGCACAAGAAAAAUGUCUAUCUCUUGACGAAGAUCUAUACAAAAUGAUCCAGAACCGAACCCAAAAUACGGACAUCAUACGAAUUUUGAUGAAUCAAUGGGAACAAGAAUGUCGGAAUGAAGAAACAAGAUCCGAAGAAAUAUGGGAGAAAAAAAGAAAGUGGUUGAACGAAUAUGCCGUGAAUUAUGGUACGGAUGUAUUUAUCAAUGACCAAACCCCUCCAAAGAAAGACCAAGAAAAACAUAGAUUUUCGUCGACAAAGAAGAUACCAAACACGCCUUCUACACCAAAAACUAAAAAAACCUACGCAGAAGCGAUGGCGACGCCAUCUCCGAACAAGUCCAGAACUACACCUAAGUUACCAAGCAUGACGGCACGGAAAACUUCACGGGCUACUUCGCCUACAUACAGGAAACAUCAGAUGAACACACGUUCCCAACGGAGUAAUCAUAGUGCUGCAAAUGACACUCAGGAGUCUCCUAGAGAAAUUCUACAGAGAAAUCCUACAGAGAGAAAUCCUACAGAGAAAUUCUACAGAGAGAAAUCUUACAGAGAAAUCCUACAAAGAGAAAUCCUACAGAGAAAAAUCCUACAGAGAGAAAUCCUACAGAGAAAUCCUACAGAGAAAUCCUACAGAGAGAAAUCCUACAGAGAAAUCCUACAGAGAAAUCCUACAGAGAGAAAUCCUACAGAGAGAAAUCCUACAGAGAAAUCCUACAGAGAAAUCCUACAGAGAGAAAUCCUACAGAGAAAUCCUACAGAGAAAUCCUACAGAGAGAAAUCCUACAGAGAAAUCCUACAGAGAAAUCCUACAGAGAGAAAUCCUACAGAGAAAUCCUACAGAGAGAAAUCCUACAGAGAAAUCCUUCAGAGAGAAUCCUACAGAGAAAUCCUACAGAGAGAAAUCCUACAGAGAAAUCCUACAGAGAGAAAUCCUACAGAGAGAAAUUCUACAGAGAAAUCCUACAGAGAGAAAUCCUACAGAGAAAUCAUACAGAGAAAUCCUACAAAGAGAAAUCCUACCCUACAGAGAAAUCCUACAGAGAGAUCCUUCAGAGAGAAAUCCUACAGAGAAAUCCUACAGAGAGAUCCUUCAGAGAGAAAUCCUACAGAGAGAAAUCCUACAGAGAGAAAUCCUAUAGAGAAAUCCUACAGAGAAAUCCUACAGAGAGAAAUUCUACAGAGAGAUCCUUCAGAGAGAAAUCCUACAGAGAGAAAUCCUACAGAGAAAUCCUACAGAGAGAAAUCCUAUAGAGAAAUCCUACAGAGAAAUCCUACAGAGAAAUCCUACAGAGAGAAAUCCUACAGAGAAAUCCUACAGAGAGAAAUCCUACAGAGAAAUCCUACAAAGAGAAAUCCUACCCUACAGAGAAAUCCUAAAGAGAGAAAUCCUACAGAGAGAAAUCCUACAGAGAAAUCCUACAGAGAGAAAUCCUACAGAGAAAUCCUACAGAGAGAUCCUUCAGAGAGAAAUCCUACAGAGAGAACCUUCAGAGAAAUCCUACAAAUCCUACAGAGAGAUCCUUCAGAGAGAAAUCCUACAGAGAGAAAUCCUACAGAGAAAUCCUACAAAUCCUACAGAGAGAUCCUUCAGAGAGAAAUCCUACAAAUCCUACAGAGAGAUCCUUCAGAGAAAUCCUACAAAUCCUACAGAGAGAUCCUUCAGAGAGAAAUCCUACAGAGAGAAAUCCUACAGAGAAAUUCAAAUUUAUCCGGAUAUUUUGAUGACAUCUGA